AUGAACUUACCGAUCGUCGCCAUCUUGGCACUGGCCGCCGGUGUACUUUCGACUACCAUCAGCACUGCAACAACCACUACAACUCCAAAACCCAACCUGAUGUGUUAUCCAGGACUACGUGUACCUCACGAGUGCCAUUGUAACGAAAGGUGUGAACAGGGAUACUAUUACGAUUACGAGAGGAAGGUGUGCGAUAUUACGUCGCGCACCAAAUGUUGGAGAGGUCAUUGUGUACCAGAUGAAUUAUUGCCUCACGAUUAUGAUUGUAGCAAGUAUUCUAUGUGUGGACCGACAGGAACAAAAGUACUUAGUCAGAAUUGCGCAGAAGGAUAUUUAUUCGAUUGUGACCUGAAGAAUUGUGUUCCACAAGACAGAUUAGGGCGCUGCUGUGUUGUAAUUCCUCCUCAUGCAUUCAACCAAGAAGAUAUAAAAAAACCUUAA